AUGCUUCACGAAAAUGAACUCUCCGGUGAAAUACCAAGCCAGAUAGGCAACAUGAGUAGUCUUGUCACCCUCAACUUGUCAAUCAAUCACUUGGUUGGUCAUAUCCCUUGUGAAAUAGGACACAUGAAGCACUUAGUUGCAUUAGAUUUGUCCAGUAAUAAUCUUUUCGGCAAAAUACCAAGCAGCAUAGGUGGUUUGACCGAACUCACUACCUUGUACCUUUACUAUAACAAACUUUCUGGAAAAAUUCCACGAGAACUAGGUUAUCUUCUAAACUUAAAGGACCUGCAACUUGGCAUCAACACACUCUCAGGUUCCAUUCCACAAAAUUUACUUAAUUUGACCAAGCUCACUGUGUUAAUUCUACGGCAAAACAAACUUUCUGGGUUAAUUCCACAAAAAAUGGAUUACCUUUCGAACUUACAAUACCUGAGUCUUAGUGAAAACAUACUCUCGGGUUCCACCCCAAAUAGUAUAAGAAAUUUGACCAAACUCACAACCUUGUCCCUUCACAACAACCAACUUUCUGGGUUAAUUCCACAAGAAAUAGAGUACCUUGCGAACUUAGAGUACCUGGAUCUUAGUGGAAACAUAUUCUCGGGUUCCAUCCCAAAUAGCAUAGGAAAUUUAACCAAACUCACAAUUUUGUACCUUUACAACAACCAACUUUCUGGACACAUCCCUCGAGAACUAGGUUAUCUUGAGAACUUAGAGAAUUUGUCGCUUAGCAACAACACGCUAACAGGUUUGAUCCCAAAUAGCAUAGGAAAUUUGACAAAACUCACUAUCUUAUAUCUUUACAAGAACCAAAUUUCUGGACACAUCCCUCAAGAACUAGGUCGCCUUGUGAACUUAUGGGAUUUGGAUCUUGUCCACAACACGCUAACUGGUUCCAUCCCAAAUAGCAUAGGAAAUUUGACCAAACUCAUAGUCUUGUACCUUAGCCGCAACCAACUUUCCGGACACAUCUCUUGA